AUGAGUCGUUUCUUUGCAACUGGCUCAGAUUCUGAAUCUGAUAGUGCAUCUGAGGAGGAGCAGAUACAAAGGGCACCAGCGACAGCUUUCACUUUCAGUGAUGAUGAAGAAGAAACUAAGCGUGUUGUACGUUCCACAAAAGAGAAACGAUAUGAAGAAAUAGCAAAUCUCAUAAAACUUAUUAGGAAUUACAAGAAAAUUAAGGAUAUGAGCAGUAUGCUCUCCAGUUUUGAAGAUUUGAUGCGUGCUUAUCAGAAAGCUCUACCGGUUGUUGCUAAGGAAGAACUUGGACAAACUCCACGAUUUUAUAUUAGAUGUUUAGUCGAAAUGGAGGAUUUUAUUAACGAAGUAUGGGAAGAUCGCGACGGACGCAAGAAUAUGUCAAAGAAUAAUUCCAAAUCGCUUUCGACGUUGCGUCAAAAGUUACGUAAAUAUAAUAAGGAAUUUGAAGAUGACAUAAGCAAGUUCAGAGAAAACCCAGAUCAAGAUGAUGAUGAAGAAGAAGAAAAAGCUGAAGAAACUGUAGAAACCGAAGAAGAAGAGGAUAGUGCUGUAGCAUUUAAGAAGGCUGGUUCAGAAGCUAGUGAACCUGAUGUGGCCAAAUUCAAGAAAAGUGCAACUGAUGGCGAGGAAGGCAGUGAAAGUGAAUCAGAUUGGGGCAGCGAUUCAGACAGCGAAAGUACAAGUAGCGACGAUGAAGGCCAAUAUCAAAAUAUUCGUGAACGUUUCAUCAAGAAAGCAACCGAUAAGGAAGAGGACGAAGAUAAAGCGAAGAGAAAGGAGCAACGAAAAGAACGCAAAGAGAAGGAACGAAAGAAGAAACGUGACGAAGAUGACGGCGAAGGUGAAUGGGAAACCGUCAAGGGCGGCGUGGCUAUUCCUUCCGAAAAGCCGAAGAUGUUCGCCAAAGACGCGGAGAUCAAUAUCACGGCAGUGCUGAAGAAGUUGUCCGAAAUAAUUGCAGCUCGCGGUAAAAAACGUACGGACAGACGAGAGCAGAUCGAACUCUUGCAUGAACUGCAAUCGAUCGCCGAUGCUCAUGCCCUCGGGCAUGCCGUAGCUGUGAAGAUCAAGUUCUCCAUUGUGUCUUCCAUCUUCGAUUACAAUCCGAAGGUUUCUGACGCUAUGAAACCCGAGUAUUGGUCCAAAAUUUUGGAGCGCAUUACUGAAAUGUUGGAUAUGUUGCUGAGCAUAAAAGACAUGGUAAUAGCGGAAACAAUCGCAGAAGACAUGGAGGAAUUCGACACGGCACCCUACAAGAUUCACGGAUGCGUACUGACGUUGGUGGAACGUCUCGACGAAGAAUUCACGAAAUUACUGAAGGAGUGCGAUCCUCACAGCAACGAAUACGUAGAGAGAUUGAAAGAUGAGAAACAAGUCGCUGCCAUAAUAGACAAGGUGCAAGAGUAUUUAGAGAGAGAAGGCACCGUGUCCGAAUUGUGCCGCGUAUACUUGCGCAAGAUCGAACACUUGUAUUACAAGUUCGACCCGAAUGUUCUCAAGCAGAAGGAUGGUGAAUUGGGGCAAGACGUAAUCACGUCUGUACAGGUCAUGGAGAAGCUGUGCAAAUAUGUUUAUGCGCACGACAAUACUGAUCGGCUGAGGACUCGUGCGAUUCUCUCGCACAUUUAUCAUCACGCGCUCCAUGAUAAUUGGUUCCAGGCGCGCGAUUUAAUCCUGAUGUCGCAUCUUCAGGAAACUAUACAGCAUUCUGACCCACCCACGCAGAUCUUGUAUAAUCGUACGAUCGCCCAUUUAGGAUUGUGCGCAUUCCGUCAUGCCAAUAUUAAAGAUUCUCACAAUUGCUUAGUCGACCUGAUGGUGACAGGCAAGGUGAAGGAACUCUUGGCGCAAGGUUUGCUUCCGCAACGACAGCAUGAGCGUAGCAAGGAGCAGGAGAAGAUUGAGAAGCAGAGGCAAAUGCCUUUCCACAUGCAUAUCAAUCUAGAACUCCUCGAAUGCGUGUAUCUUGUUUCAGCAAUGCUCAUAGAAAUUCCAUACAUGGCUGCGCACGAGUUCGACGCGAGGCGAAGGAUGAUUUCGAAAACCUUCUACCAACAAUUGCGAUCCAGCGAGCGUCAGUCACUAGUAGGACCACCUGAAUCAAUGAGAGAGCACGUUGUCGCUGCCGCGAAAGCGAUGCGUAACGGCAACUGGGCGGCUUGCAACAAUUUCAUCAUCAAUGAAAAGAUGAACGCAAAGGUCUGGGAUCUUUUCCACCAAGCGGGCAAAGUACGAGCUAUGCUGACGCGAUUAAUCAAGGAGGAAGCAUUGAGGACGUAUUUGUUCACGUACUCCCACGUGUACGAUUCUAUCUCGAUGCCGAAGCUCGCCGACAUGUUCCAGUUGAAACGUCCUGUGGUUCAUUCUAUUAUUAGCAAAAUGAUCAUUAACGAGGAACUCAUGGCAUCUUUGGACGACCCGACAGAAACUGUUGUCAUGCAUCGUAGUGAGCCAAGCCGUUUACAAUCCUUGGCUGUGCAACUCACGGAUAAAGUCAACAAUUUCGUCGACUCGAACGAACGCAUUUUCGAAAUGAAGCAGGGUAACUUUUUCUCCAGAGGAAACCAAGGCAAUUUCCGCGACCGGCAAAACUACAAUCGUCAGGGUCAGGACUGGGGCCGGCAGAGGCGCGAUCGUGACCGCGAUCGCAAUCGCGAGGACAAUAGAAAUUAUUAAAAAUGUCAAAUUUAAUAUAUACGCAUUUUAUUCGAUUUUAUAUAUUAUGUAUGCAUAUAUAUUAUCAUGUAAAGAUCCGUUCAGACAAACUCGUUUACUCUCGCAUAAUGCGUGUGCGUAAACCCUGUAUCAGACUACGCAUUGAAAAUUAAGAUUGAAUUGAAUUUGCCUAAUCAGUGCAAACUUAAGUUUAGUGGAAUUGAGUGAACUUUGCACUGAUUGAUCAAAUUUCAAAUUCAAUCUCAGUCUCUGAUAAGUGAUGUGAUACGGGCUUAAGAAAACCAAUAAAAUAUUUAUAUAAUAUAAAGGAUGCUGUUUCUUAUAUCAUACAUAAUAUUGGUCGAUUUUCUUGUGCAUAAGCAUUACGCAACUAAGCGAGUCUGUUUGGAUAGAUUUUGGUAAUGAUAUAUAAAUAAAAUUGUUCUUGCUCUCA